AUGGCAAAGCUCACUGAUCUUUCCAACGAACUGCUCUAUUCCAUCGUCGCGCAUCUCGAAACAGGCCGCUGGUCGGACGUCAGAGCACUAUGGCGAUUAUGCAAUACAUCCCGUGCGCUGGCAGCUGUUGCGCAACCCGCGCUCUACACUUGCGUGGUACUAGGACAGUCGAUGCCCGAGACCAUGAGAUCUCUUGAGCUCUUCUUGCGGACCGUUGUCGAACGCCCCAAGCUCGCAAAGAAGACGCGAUCGCUCACUCUACAUUACCAUCGACCAGCCCCGUACGAAGGACCUGACCUUAUGCGCCAUCCCACUUUCUCAGAAUUCUCGAAAUUAUGGGCAGUUAAGAAUUGGGAUAGCGAACGGAACGUGUUGUAUCAGACGCUUGUGUUAUACACACUUCUUUGUCUGCCCAAUCUACGGCAUCUUCGUAUGGAUACACACAACCUGCCUCCUCGCGGACUGCUGCAAGGGAUGCAUGCGAUGAGAGCUUCGAGUGACGCCUUCCUCGCUAGGUUGGAGACGUUUCAUUUGCACAAGCAUUUCGACAAUCAACCAAUCAACAUAGUUGACUAUAUCCCGCUCCUGCGAUACCCCUCGUUCAGUUCAUUCUCUACUGAGAUCGAAAUAUCGGACGGUAAUGAUGUUCAUCCUGCCACAAACUUACUCACACCAUCGGCGAUUGAGUUGUGGUGGAGUCUUGGGCCACUCGCUACAAUGCGACAAGCUCUAGAGGCAUGUCCUCGCUUGGAAACAUUCAAGUUCGUCAUCCCAGAUGAAGGGCGUCAUGGGGGAAUGUUGCCAGACGAUAUAGGGAGCCAACCACUCGUCACCCCACGAGAUUUGGGGAUCGCGCUACUGGAAAAGCAGAAGGCAACUCUAAAGACCCUGGAAUUGCACUUCAACAGCUAUUACGAUAUGCGCAGUGCGGAGUUUCAAGAAGAGAUGGAACUGUACGGCAAAGACUCAUACCACUACGUGUACCCCUCGUUCCGCGAUUUUGAGAUGCUAUCGCACAUAACGAUCCAGUUCGAGAAACUUACCAACCUCUGUCACCUACCAAAAUCGUUGAGAUAUCUGAAGCUGAAGAACUGCUAUUUCGACACCGACCUAAACGAAGAUUGUCUUCGUGGUAUGCUGAGGCUCAAGGACACAUGGUGUCCACUGAUCGAGGAGCUGUCUCUUCAGGGUUUCAAUGUAUCAGAAGCCAUCGACAUGAUUCGGGAAGUCGCGAGAUCCUUGGAUUUGCGGAUCUUUGAGUCACUUGGCAAAGGUCUUGUCUCGUUCCGCUACCUGUGA